GCAAUCCUCGUGGCGUGGUAGCUGAAGAAGAAGACGCCAUCCGUCAGGGACGGCGACGGACGCACCGAGCGUGGUCUUAAACCAACAUCAAGUUCAACACCGGACGGUGAUCAGAGGCGAACAUGUUAUGAGUGUAUGGCAUAACGAAGUUAUGGCAGAACGAGGAGAUUGGACGCAAGCGACCUUCACGUGCAGAACGUUUGACGAGCUACCGCUGUGUACGGCCACGUCUGAAAACACAUGUCAGAUUGUGGACCACCUUUCCACGUUGAACGAGCUGCUCUUUCACGCCGAACUGGAACUGCAGGAACGUCCGGCACCAUGCGGCCAGCUGUCCCUGGAGAGCUUGGCGGAGGAGGACCUGUGCAUGCCACACGACUCGGGAAAGACCUUCAAGCAAGCGAUUACGCUGAUGCACCGGCUGCUGAAGACGCAUUCGUGCAUUAAGCACGUCCACAUUCACCACGGCCUUUUUUCCCUGCAUGCACCGCUCGUUUGCGACGCCCUCAAAUCCAACCAUUCGACUAGGACAAUAAAUAUCGACUUCAAAGGGACUGUCUUCAACCAGGCUGUCGACGCCGCCUUCACUUCCGUGGACCACAUGGAAGAAUUGGAACGUUUAGACCAAGGGUCAUGCGAUGAACUGUCAUUGGCUCUGUCGACCGUUAUUCGCGUCUGCUCAUCGCUAACUACCCUCAGGAUUCCCGAGUUGCGUAUGAAGGGCGGAAUGGCCACAUCAUUCGUCGCAGUGCUGAAAGAAAACUUCACGCUAGAGGAGCUGUCGAUGCACGGUUCUGUGAUAUGUGAAGCCGGACGAGACCAGUUUGCGCAGUACCUGAGGGACAGCACCUCGCUGACCACACUUAGCAUAACAGCAGAUGACUCCACCAGGCGGAACUGCUUCAAUUGGAUGGCUCAAGGCCUACUAGUCAGCAAGGCAGUCAAGAAAGUCUACCUGAACAACGUUCUGUUUGACGAAGAGAACGCCGGGCUGGCAGCGAGGAUAUUCACGGAAAAUAAAAUUCUACAGAGCUUCAACAUAACAUACUUACCGCGCACUUUAUCUCUAAUGCCGCGCACAGAUUACAACUUGUGGUAUGCACCACUGUCCAACAACGAGACCCUGGAGGAACUGUGCCUUCCUUUCUCGAUCUGGAACUCAGCUCAGUGGGUCGACUUUUUCUGGACCGUUUCGAGGAAACAGAGUCUGAAAAAGCUCACCGUCUUUGUGCACGCGACCGCCCGCUGUCACCUUCGAGAGUUAUGCAAGGCUCUCAAAGAAAGCGGUGCAGAAGAGAAGGUCUCGCUCGGAACCUACGUCGUCUACUACAACUUGGAUUUGAUUUACUCUAAGGCAUUCUCAGACGUAGACUUAUUCUGCUUCGGCGAUGUUGUGGGACAGCUCUCACGUGUGUUAGUACAAUUUCCACACAUUACGUCCGUACGCUUCAGUCUCAGGGCAGGCGACGUGUUACUUGCUUCGGCCAUCGCCGCGUACGUCAAAGCUGCCAGGUCACUCCGGAAGGUGCGGCUCACUUUCUAUUCUGACUGGGACGGCAUGGAGGAGGACAAGACCGCAUCUUGGACAGAGAUAGUUGCGUCUCUUUCUCGAAACACGAGCAUCAGAGAGCUGGGAUUGCACAUGGACAUUGACCCCGACGACAGCGACGACGAGGACGACGUCAUCCACUUGAUCAAGCUCUUCGCCCAAGCGAUCAAGACCAGUCCGAAUAUACGAACUGUGCACUUCAGCGGGGAACGUUCGCACGAGGUAGCCGCCUUCCUUCGGCAUUUCUCUGAGGACAUCGCGGACAACCACACCCUCGUCUGCGUAACCAUAGGCGGAAUACUGGACCGGAAUGCAGCCAGGGACUACUUUAACGUCCGGGACACUGCGCGUCGAAACUUUGGCCUGGUGACGUGUGCCGCGCAGUUCACCAGAGGACGCGCUCUUGACAGGAACUGUGCUAGAGCUUUAGAAAGGGUUUGGCGCCACACCGGACUUCUCGAAGAGCUCGCCGAGCAGGUGUCCCUCAGCGUGGCCGAGGCCUCUACCAUGGUACGAUGUGGGCUGAGGAGCGUGGAAGGUCUGCACGACUUCAUGCGGCUCGCUCGCGUAGUCCGGGACUGCGUCGUCUGCAACCCGCGCCCAGACGGUCGCCCUCAACUGGACACCCUCAACGAGGACUGUUGGAGGCUAGUCCGUCGCUACCUGGCGCUCGACGACGUCAGGGAAGUCGCGGCGUCCGCGUCUUACAGCCAGCGAUAACUGGUCAAGCUUGAGCGCACCAGCGACGUUCUCAAACCACACACGACUUUGAACGGCAGCGCUGCUCUUCAAACAUGCUAUCUCGCACGAUGGCCUUGCUUUUGUAGAGCCGGGAACGGUUACGACAUGGUCGCCGAUGUGGUGGAAGGGACUGUGUUGAUGGCCACCUCUCAGGAGGCUAGCAUACACAGCGUGUUUAGCUACUCGUGAAAGAGCACGCAAUGUUGAUGCUCUGACAGGCAAGUGACAGAAUUUCGCGGCUGUGGAGAGUUAGAGUGCGUGUAAUAGAGAACUGGAGUGACAUCGAUGUUGACAUGCGCCACAGGUCCGCAUUAAUUGUGCGACGGCAUGGUUUGUCUAGCAGUGGAUAGCUCCUUCGGUGAUUCUGUAUAAGAGUGGUUUGCAAA